AUGCCGGUUUACACCCGGUACAGGUAUUUUUCAUUUUCUUCCAUGGCACUUCGCUUGCCAGUUGGUUGUGCUGCACCCCGCUGCGAGGGGAGGAGGUUUAAGCGUGAGGGACAGAAUGGCUUUAAAAAAAGCUACAGAGCAAGAUUCUGCCAUGGAGGAGGAAAUAAGAUUGAUGUACGGCCAGGACAAAAUGUACUGAAAGUCAUACAGGACUGUUUUGAAAGUUGUGGCACAGAUCUUGCAAUAAGUUCUCCAAGUACAACAUGUUGCUCAACUCCUAUUGACAGAAAUGAGAGGAAGACUUUACUGCAGAGCGGACAGCCAAAAGCAGGGUUAACUAAUGCUGUGGAAAGAGCCUGUAAUUCUGUAGUGUCCCUACAUGUGUCACCACUGGGAGAGAUCACCAACAGAGGAGGGUCACAUGAAUCACCCCUAAAGCCUGCAGUAAAUGAUUGCAUAGCUGAUUCUAAAAAAGGAGAGUCUCCUGUGCCUAAAGGAAAAACAAAUAAUAUAUUAAAAGAUGCUGAAGCUCCAUGCAAAAUUCCUCUCAUGUUUUCAGACCCUGAGGAUGAACGUGGGUCUGUUGGAUCUCCUCCUGUGGAGGAAUUGAAAAGUUCUCCUGCACUUUUAUUACUUUUGGAUGACCAAAAUUCCCCUGCUGCAGUGAAGAGACAUGUGGAAGUUGAAAAUGUAGAAGCACCUCAGACUGGGAGAGAGAAGCAGGUUACUCUUGUGCAGGGAGCAGAACGUAUUGCUACAUCUUCUGUACAGAAAGAGAAAUCUUUCUCUGCGGUUGUCUUGGAAGCUGUAGCAACGGGAGCACUUGGAAAAAGGUAUUCAGUGACAACAUUACCGUCAUCACCUCCUCCUGUGAAAGAUCAAGAUAUAGAAAUAGAAAAUGAAUGUGAAUUUUUAAUUGAUGAAUCAGACAGUGAAUCUUCUAAUUGGUUUUCAAUACCCCAUAAGAACAAAAAGUCGAAAAAAGAUGGCUCUGCAACUCUUGUUUCUCAAGCUCAGCCCUCUGAAAAGGAGAAGACAGAGAGUAAGAAAGGCAAGAACAGAAAAGUACAGGUUAAAGCACUUACUAAACAGAAAACGGAUGAUUUGGAUGGCACAGCAUAUGACUUCAGAGGAACAUCUGAAUCAGAUCUAGUCUCCAACAGUGAAGGAAAUGUCCCUAAGUCUCAAAGGCAAAACAGUACUCCUAUGGGAAAGACUAAAAAGGAUACUCUUAGGCAUGGCUCUGCAAACCAGAAAAAGGACAGGUCCUCGGAACCAGAAGAUGAAGAACUGCUGUUGUCAUGUUCUGGAUUGGAAACACAAACAUCUGAUACAAACCAACAUAAAACAAGGGUGAAGCCAAGUGAGGAUUUGCCUAUGCCCUCAGAUGGCCAUCAGCAAGAGGAGACUGUGUCUCAAAAGAAGAAUCUUCAGUCUUCCAAGCAGGUGGCUUCAAAAGCUCCUCAGGGUUUACUUCACAAGAAACAAACUGCUAAGAGGAAACUUCAAAAAAAUACAGUAGCUAAGACACUGGUAGAAAGUCCAAGGAAGAAUCUUAAAAAAUCUGUCAAGAAGCAUAGUAAUAAAAAGCCUCACAAAAAAAGAGAAGAGAGCUCUGACAGUGACCCUGGUGAAGAAGAGUUUGAAAGAGAGCCUGUAAAAUUGAAUGAAGUGUUUACCUCACCCCUGCAUCAGAAACUGGAGAGUUCUGUGGUUCAGAAGUUGUCUAAGUCUAAAAGAAGAAACUGUCUAAAGCCUAAGAAUUUAUUGCACCCACCGGAGUCACUCGGUGGUGCAAAUUACAAAACUCCUGAAAAAGCACUACAGCAUCUCAUAGACUGUGUGAAGAAUUCUGAAAGGAAGCAAUUGUCACCUGAGUCUUCAGAGAAGAUACCCAAAAAGAUUAAUCGCCAAACCAGUAAAGGUGUUUCCUCAAAACCUGAGGACACAGAGUCUCAAGUGGAUUCUGACAGCUCUUCUGUACAGGACGUAGCAAGAAAAAAACAGAAGUUACCAGAUGUGGAAAUGCGAAACAACAAAAGAAAACGUAACACACAACAUAAACUACAAUACUCUUUUGCAGCUGAGAAGCCUAAGAGUGACAAAAGUGGGCCUGUUCUAGAACACUGUGAUAAACAAGCUUCUAAAAGGAAAUCAUGCGAACAAGAUAUUACAUCUUCAGGUAAUUCUGAAGACUUAUCUUACCAAAUGAGAGAUAUGUUCUCAAACAGCAUAUCAAGGCAUAAUAAAAUAGUGCUGCCUUCCAACACACCUAAUGUUCGUCGGACAAAAAGGGUACGACUAAAGCCUCUGGAAUACUGGCGGGGCGAGCGUGUAAACUACAGGUUGCUGCCUUCAGGAGAGCUUGUGGUGAGUGGAAUAGUGUGUCCUGAAAAAGAGCCUUAUAGGAAGUUUAAACAGAGGAAGCGUGGUCUCAAGCAGAAAAGAGAUCAACCAGGAAAUGAGAUACCUGCAAAUUUGGGUCACACCCUAGUUGAUAAGUCUAAACCGGCUGUUGUAGUGGAUGUAGAAACGAAUCAGGAAAUAUUUCUAGUAUGUGUUAACACUGAAAGCAGUCACUCAUGCUUCUUCAGAGAUGAAUCAAUAGAAAUAUAUAAAAAUCUGAAUACAUCUGAAUUUUCCACUGGUAGAUUGAUUUUGAAACCACUUAAACAAAAGGGACACCAGUUUGUCCACUUGGAUACAAUAGCUUUCCAUGUUAUCCACGGAAAAAUUAUUGUUACCUUACAUAAGACAUCAUACUGUCUGUCUACAGGGGACUUCUUCUAUGUUCCAGCUGGAAACGGAUAUAACAUAUAUAAUCUUCUGAAUGAGGACAGUGUUCUUCUCUUCACACAACUCAAAAGAGAUAGAUCAAAAGCAAGAAACAUAUUUCUGGAGACCUAUUCCCCAUAA